AUGACAUCAACAACCAAACAGUGGCAAACAGAUCCUAUUUCCAUCCAAAAGAAAGAACUGCGGAAGAGUAUUGCAGCCCGACUAAGCGACAUUUCGGCGGAAGAAAUUCGACGCCAAAGUGACAUUGUCGUUGGGAAGGUACUUUCAUCUUCAUGGUUCAAAAAUGCGCAAAGAGUGUCAGUAUACGUCCACACAAGCGGAGAAAUCGAAACAGAUCGAAUUGUUGAAGAAUCGCUGAAACAAGGGAAGCAACUUUUUAUACCAAAAUUUACUAGAGGGAAUCCCCGGAUGCGCCUGCUCCAUGUUCCUUCCCACAAUGAUUUUUUGAAACUAAAGCCAACACUGUGGGGUAUCCGUCAGCCCGGCGAUGACGUUAACUGGGAGGACUACGAAACCACGGGUGCUCUGGAUCUCAUUCUAAUGCCAGGAGUGGCGUUCACCUUGAAUGGGUGCAGACUUGGUCAUGGAAUGAAGGCUCGAGAAUAUGGUGGUUAA